UCCAGUGCAGGACUUAGGGCUGUUGGAGCCCAGCUGGUUCCGGCUGGGAAAAAUGGCGGUGGCAGGGGCGGCGUCCCGGGAGCAGCUGGUGGGCUGGUGUACCCAGCAGUUAAGGAAAACUUUCGGCCUGGAUGUCAGCGAGGAGAUCAUGCAGUAUGUUUUGUCAAUUGAGAGUGCUGAAGAGAUACGAGAAUAUGUCACUGACCUCCUUCAGGGAAAUGAGGACAAAAAAGGUCAAUUCAUAGAGGAGCUUAUAACCAAAUGGCAAAAGAAUGAUCAGGAGUUGAGUUCUGAUGCUCUGCAGCAGUCCUUCAAAAAAGAUGAAAUGUUGGAUGGGCAGAGAUCAGGAGACCAGCUAAAGAGGAGUAGGAGGAAAGGCAGAAAUAGACAGGAAGUUCCUGCAUUUGCUGAACCUGACACAACCAUGGAGGUCAAAACACCUUUUGAUUUGGCCAAGGCACAGGAGAACAGCAGCUCCUUAAAGAAGAAGACAAAGUUUGUCAGUUUAUACACAAAAGAGGGACAGGACAGGCUUGCAGUCCUGAUUCCUGGUCGCCAUCCUUGUGAUUGCCUGGGCCAGAAGCACAAGCUGAUCAAUAACUGUCUGAUCUGUGGGCGCAUUGUCUGUGAACAAGAAGGUUCUGGCCCCUGCUUUUUCUGUGGCACUCUGGUAUGUACUCGUGAAGAACAGGAUAUUUUACAGCGUGACUCAAACAAGAGCCAGAAAUUGCUGAAGAAGCUAAUGUCAGGGACGGAGAAUUCUGGAAAGGUGGACAUCUCUACCAAGGACCUUCUUCCUCAUCAAGAAUUGCGAAUUAAGUCUGGUCUGGAGAAGGCUAUUAAGCAUAAGGACAAACUGUUAGAAUUUGACAGAACUAGCAUUCGAAGGACGCAAGUCAUUGAUGAUGAGUCAGAUUACUUUGCCAGUGAUUCUAACCAGUGGUUGUCUAAAAUUGAGCGGGAGACCCUGCAAAAACGAGAGGAGGAGCUGAGAGAAUUUCGACAUAUGUCUCGGCUCUCUAAGAAAAUCACCAUUGACUUUGCAGGCAGGAAGAUCGUGGAAGAUGAAAAUCCUCUAGCAGAGUAUCACAGCAAACUAGAUGAGACAAUACAGGCAAUUGCCAAUGGAACCUUGAACCAACCACUCACCAAAUUGGAUAGAUCUUCUGACGAGCCUUUGGGAGUUCUGGUGAAUCCCAACCUGUACCAGUCCCCUCCCCAGUGGAUAGACCAGACAGGUGCAGCCUCACAGAAGAAGGCUUUCCAUUCAGGAGGAUCGGAACUAGAAAUGAACUCCUAUCGGCACCAGUUGCGAAUCCAGGACCAAGAAUUUCAGGAAGGCUUUGAUGGUGGCUGGUGCCUCUCUAUGCAUCAGCCCUGGGCUUCUCUGCUUGUCAGAGGGAUCAAAAGGGUGGAGGGCAGAAGUUGGUACACUCCUCACAGAGGACGUCUUUGGAUAGCAGCCACAGCCAAAAGACCCUCUCCUCAAGAAGUCUCAGAACUCCAGACUACAUAUCGUCUUCUUCGUGGGAAAGAUGUGGAAUUUCCCAACGACUAUCCAUCAGGUUGUCUUCUGGGCUGUGUGGACCUCAUUGACUGCUUGUCCCAGAAGCAGUUUAAGGAACAGUAUCCAGACAUGAGUCAAGAAUCUGAUUCUCCAUUUGUUUUCAUCUGCACAAAUCCCCAGGAAAUGAUUGUGAAGUUUCCUAUUAAAGGAAAUCCAAAAAUCUGGAAACUGGAUUCCAAGAUCCAUCAAGGAGCAAAGAAGGGGUUAAUGAAGCAGAAUAAAGCUGUCUGACCCAGGAGAAAAGGAGCUAUACAGCAUAGUGGAGUUUUGUGUACUAAAAUUGCUAUCCACUGGUCCUUUGGAAUUGAAGCAUUAGAAAUCUAAAGGCUUGGCAUCAGGCUUGAAUCUUUGAGAAUUUAGACUCUUACCUAAAUCUGUAUAUUUUUCUUAAAGAGUGGGAUUCUUACUUUAUGUAGUAGGUCAAAAUCUUUGAAUACAUUAUUUAUAAAAUGCUAUUUUAAAAAUUC